CAAUAGUAAAAUAUCUGAAUAUAUAAAUUGAUGAACAUUUAAAAAAGAAGAAUUUGGUUUCUAACGGCUAUGAACCAUGUUUUACCACUUGUAAUUAAUAUUUUAACGCGUUAAGUAUAUGCGCACAGCUGCUGUUUUUCAUCAGAAUAACGUGUAGCCGCUGCAAUCAAAAUCGUAUCAUUUUGAUGACUAUGGUGGCUGAUUUCUGCCAUUUCGUGUUGGCGUGUAAUCGGGGCGAAAACACGACAACACGAAAACUCGACAAAUACCUAAUUUGUCGAGAUUUUGCGUUUUCGCGUCGGCGGGGCGAAAACACGACAGCACGACAAAUAGAGGGCACCAAUAGGACAUAUUCAUACCCGCCAACACGAAAUCUCGACAAAUAAAUGUGUCGUGUCGGCGUCCUCUAAAUGUCGUGUUUUCGUGUAAAAUUGGUCGGGUUUUCGUGUUGCCAGCAUAUGUCAAUAAUGUCAACAAAUGUCUUAGAUCAUUGUGUUAUCUGCAGCUAUUUUUAAUCAUGGGUGAAUAUUUUUUAUUAAAAAAAAACAACAACAACAAAAAAAAAAAGCAAACGGACCAAUACAUUUUAUUUCCCAACAUAAUAAACCUUAUGUUUACUGACGCAUAAGAGUUAUAUCGUAGAAAAAUUUCUAUAAGCGAAAAUGUUAUCAAAAUUGUCAUUUUCUCCCAUAAAUACCCAUAAUGAAAAUUUGUGUGAGGUUUAAAUUGUUCAGAUCAGUCUAACAUUAAAUCAAACACACGACCCUAUCUUUUUUAUUUGCCGAAUUUUAAGAAGAUUCUGAAGUUGGAAAAAAAAGUAUUUAAUCAAAUUGUACAUUGAUCUGCACUAGUAGAACUACAAGGUGAAAACACGAGACACUCCUUUUUGGUAUACAACAACAUCGUUGCUUUAUUCUAAUGUCAAUAACUUAUUAUUUCCCUUGUUUCAGUGUGCGUCUUCUAAGCAGAUAUAUAGUAUAGUUUUAUUCCACGCCCACUUUUAGCUCAAGAGGAAGAACUCAGAUCUACGGAUCGCGGGGCCGUGAGUUCGAUCCCCAGGCGGGGCGUAUAUUCUCCGUGACGAUUUGAUAAAUGGUAUUGUGUCUGACAUCGUUCGUACUCCACCUUUGAUUCAUGUGGGGAAGUUGGCAGUUACUUGCGGAGAACAGGAUGCCAUGAUAUAACAGUAGGAAAUGGAGCAUCAGAAACAAUCUCAAAAGACGCCUUCCUCUGAUACUGGCAAAGCUUCAAAAGACUCACAAAUGCAAAAGAAACAGGGUGAAUCAGUUGGCGGCAAACGUGAAAACAAGGGUCGGACUAGAAAUGUAGAAAAGGAAAAGGAUGUAAAUAAGGUUCGUCCAUUCAAAAUUAACGCCAAAGAAACAUACUUAUACGUUAUUAUACCGGAGCAAUGUUCAGACAAAUCAAAAUUAGAACCGUUUUUGCACUAUCGAAUGGGAAACAAAGAUGCUAGUACCAUGAAAUUUUGCUUAACAGAUUUAAUGCCUGUUCGUUUAAGUAACAAAAGUUGUAGUUUGGUGACACUGCGAUUCGAGAGUUCAAAGAAAGCUGCUGCAGCUACUAAUUUAUUACAUAAAAGUAACCAAAAUUCAUCUAGCAAAAUCCGUUGUUAUAGCAGUAAAUUUGAAGCACUUGGUGAAAAGGAUCCAGUCGACGCUGAACGUGCAUGUGUACUAGAAGAAGCCUUCAAGGAAAUAGUCGAGACAGCGUCGCGGACAGCAUUGAAACAUGAUGAAAAGUUGACAAAAGCAAGAGAUAAUUUGAAAGAAAUUGAGAUGGUGCUUGGCAAAGAAAAAGGACUAUCUCCCGCAGAAUUCGAGAAACUAACAAACGAAAAGUUAGCGGUUGAAGAUAAAUUCCUAGAAUUAGAGAGACAGCGGCGAGAGUUCAACGGCUUUAUCCAGAACAUGAAAACAAAACUAAACGGUAUCAUUCAUUUCGAGAAAUUUGACAAGGAACUGAAAGAGAUCAGAAAAUAUUUUGGAGUUGAGUGCCGUCGACUUGAUGCAGCUUUGCCCAUGUAUGCUAGACGAACGGAUAUAUUGAAUACCAUUAGAGACAGUCAGGUGUCUGUUAUACUUGGAGAAACUGGGUCUGGGAAAUCUACGCAGAUGGCACAGUACCUUUACCAAGCAGGUUUCUUGUCAGGUGGCUUUAUAGCCUGUACACAACCACGAAAGAUUGCCGCUGUUAGUCUAGCAACACGUGUUGCCUCAGAACUUUCUUCUGGCGUUGGUCAAGUGGUUGGCUAUAAGGUUGGAAUGCAAAGUAAAACAACCGCUGUUACGAAGAUUGUAUACAUGACAGAUCAUAUCCUUUUGAACGAGUGUCUAGUCGACACACACCUGUCUAAAUAUUCGUGCGUGAUCAUAGACGAAGCCCACGAGAGAAGCAUUUACACGGACUUACUCUUGGGUAUGCUGAAACAAACUCUUUCAAAAAGACCAGAACUGAAGGUUGUCAUUACAUCCGCAACAAUCGAUCCAGAUUUAUUUGUAACAUACUUUGGAGGAAUGGAAAAAUGUCCAGUACUGAAGGUUUCUGGAAGAACAUUCCCGGUCGACGUGAUCUGGGAUGGUAAUAACUCUGAAACACCUUUUCCAGACGACUAUAUGAACAAAGCGCUAAAUAAAGCCAUUGAAAUACAUAACAGUUCUUCGACAGAAGACGGAGACAUACUUGUAUUUCUUACAUCUCCCGCCGAAACCGAAACUUGCGCUGGAAAAAUGAAAAGAUGUGUCAAGGAAAACAAUGUUUUGUGCCUUCAACUUCACGGUAAAUUGAAACCCGAAGAGCAACAACAAGUCUUUGCACAAACUCCUAGUGGAAAACGAAAAGUUGUGUUUGCCACAAAUAGCGCAGAAACAUCCAUUACUAUUCCAGGAAUCAAAUUUGUCGUCGACGCUGGUGUCGUCAAGGAAAUGCGUUUUGAUGCGAAAAAGAAUAUGAAUUCUCUUGAUGUCGUGCCCGUCAGUCAAAGUUCAUCAAAUCAGAGAAAGGGAAGGGCUGGGCGUACAGAAUCCGGAAAAUGCUUUCGAUUAUACACUGAUGAUGAUUUCUGCACUAUGGAGAAAACUGCAAGCCCGGAAAUAUUAAGAAUUCAAGUUUCACAAGCAAUGUUGAAGCUGAUAUUGCUGGGUGUCGAUCCGAUGAAUUUUGACUACGUCCAAUCCCCAUCACGCGAAGCUAUGGUUUCUGCAAUGGAGGAAUUGGAAGAAAUUGGUGCAGCAGCAGACCGCACUAUAACUGAACUAGGAAGAUGGAUCGCAAAGCUACCAGUAGAGCCAAAGCUUGGAGCGUUCAUAAAGAAAGGCAUAGAUAGAGGAUUUCCUAUAGAGGUUCUAGUUGUUGCUGGGUGCUCUAGUCAGAGUGGAAUCUUUUACCGUGCUGGUACAGCUGAGGAGAAGAAAACCGCUGAUAUGAGGAAAAUGAAGUUCUGCCACAAUGAUGGAGACUUUCUAACAGCGUUAAACGUUUUCCGUGAAUGGGAUAAAAUAAACGAAAAAGCAAAGGGGAGAUGGUGUACUGAGAAUAGCGUCAAUGGGAAAGCUAUGAAAGGUGUACGAGAGAUGAUGAACGAAAUCCUGUCUACAUUAAAGAAAGAAUUUGACUUUAACAUCAAGCAUAAAUUUCAGCCCCCUGAUGACGCAGAUGGUGUCGUCAAACAACUUGUAUUUGAUUGUAUGAUGAAUAACCUUGCAAUUUAUCUUGGUCAUGAAAGCGCUGGAUACCUCAUUGUCAAACGUAUGCAAAGAGUUCAGCUGCAUCCUGGAUCGGCACUAGUGUCUCUAGGAUCUCACCCGGAAUGGGUUGUCUUCAACAGAGUUCUAAAGACUUCGGCAGAUUUUAUGACAGAGGUCACAGCUGUUUCAUUAUCAACAAUAAAAGAAGCAGUAAAAAGUAAGAGGAUAUCAAUAGACAUCAAUGAGCUUGAGAAACAAAAAAUCAGACUGGUCUUAAACAUGCGAUUAGGGAAAACAGUCUUUUGGAAAUUUGUUGGCAAAAAUCAUUCUAACAGGCGAAAGAUUGAAGGAGACAUACAAACAAAAUGUAAUCAAACGCCAGUUGUUAUUGAAGCAAAUAAGUUAUUGGGUGUAGUAUCUCUGUUUUGCUUACCAGAGUAUGCUGAACAAGCUUCAGGUAUACUUCGUUCUAUCCUUGAGAAUAUGGUUCUACAGAUACUUGCCGAAUCCAGAGAAGAAAGCAUUGGGAAUAGGAAUUCAGGAGUUCGUGUUGUAUUACGAGAAGGAGGAUCAGUAGUAGAUUUACUUAUGCCAAAUCAGUUCCGAACGCUGACUAUUAAGGUCAGAGGAUCUAGCAGCAUGGCCGAAAAAAACGUUCGAGAUGUUCUUGAAGGUUUUGGGAGCAUAGCAAAUAUAUGGAAAAGGAAAGGAUAUGGUCCAGUUUGGGGAAGCGUGACGUUUGCUGAAUCGAAUGACGCUGCUGCUGCUCUCAGUAUGAUAAACAAAGACGAGAACAGAAAAAUAGAUUUGAUUCCAGUUACUUUUGAAAACAAGGCAUCUAUCGGUAGAGACUCGCGAAAUCAAAGUUUUACCAUUGUUAUUACAUGGUGUAGGCGAAAAGCAAAAGGACUGUGCUUUGUGACCCUAAAAAGACCUGAGGAUAAAGCUAUGCUUUCUACAGCUUCAGCCAUUAUUAAUGGUUCCACCCUGUCUGUCAGACUUUCAAAAACCCAAUCGGACGCAUCUAAAGCUCAGUCUGAUUUGUUCAUAAAGGGGCUCAGGCCAGAUACAACUGAAGAGCAUGUAAAAGAAGGGUUGGGACAACUUCUCGGAGUAUCACUUGAAGAUAGCAAUACUAGAUUUGGAAACAUCAUAAUUCCUCGUACAGAUAUGCCAUGGAGUCAAGACCAAAACGCACAAACACAAAGAGAAAUUUCAGGCCUUAUACAACGGUUUGCUGGGACAGACUCAUUCAAAGUAAAUGUCAAAGAAUUCAAACAAAAGACAGUCAAAUGCAUUGCAUUUGUUACAUUUUCGGACUGGAAGACAUGCUUUGACACCGGAGAACGUCUACGUGGAAAUUCACAGAUAGAUGGAAGCAUCGUGCAUGCUAGGUUUGAAUGUAAGGCCAAUGUAUUUGUCGCUAAACGUAUUUUUGAAAUUAUCAGAGAAGAUAUGGAGCAACUUAUUGACAAAUAUAAGCAGAAAAAAUCAUCUACUACUGUCACGUCACGCCAGAUGAAAAACGAAAACUACUGUAUCGAGAUAAAAACAUUAACUCCGGAAAAACUAGCCAAAGGCAAAUGCAAAGUUGAAAAGCUCGUAAAUGGAGAUACAUUAGACUGUGAAAAAAUAAGUAAAUUGGAAGCCAUUUUCAACCAUGAUGGCAGAUUGAAGUUAAAGGAAAUAGCGGAUAAGACUGGCACAAUCAUUUUUGUUGACGAAAGACGAAAGAAAGUAAUUGUCCAAGGUUCAUCAGAGGGAAAGACAAACGCUGUCUCCAUGAUAGAAAACCUUAUCGGGGCUAUUGAAAUAUUAGCAGAGAAAGUAGUACGUUUUAAGGGUAAAGACAAUCCUCCUGGAUUAUUGAAAGUUCUGCUAAGGAAGUAUGGGAUGAUGUUCGAAAAGCUGAAAGUAGAAACAGGUGUUUCUAGCAUUCACCUUAAUAUACGAUACCAUGAGGUGACACUUACAGGAAAAGAAGAGGCUAUUGAAAGAGCACUAAUACAAAUAAGCAAAGUGAGGGAAACGAUGAUACAAGAAGGUGAGCAUAAAACAGCCGAUUCUGAUUUUCCAGAUUGCCCAGUAUGCCUUUGCCCAGUUGAAGAAACAGACAUUUCCAGACUCGAAUACUGCGGACAUUCGUAUUGCAAAUUUUGCCUUACAUCACAGAUUCAGAGUGCGAUAACAAACCGAGAAUUUCCGAUUGCAUGCGCAGAAGAAACCUGCAACAAGCCAGUAGCCAUCAGGGAUUUAGAUGCACAGGUUAAAGGUGGGAAUGUUACAUGGGAAGACAUAAGUGGUGCAAGCAUUGCAUGUUUGGUUACAAGAAAUACUGAACACUUUAAGUAUUGUAUUACGCCCGAUUGUGGAAUAGUGUAUCGAGCGACAGAAGAAGUCAACAUGUUUGCAUGUCCAGUGUGUAAUAUUAAAAUCUGUACAAGCUGUCACAACCAGUUUCAUGAAGGAUUGACAUGUAAAGAAAAUGAAAGCGCUGGUACAGAAGAUACUUCAUUGGAAGAAUGGCUUAAAGAAGAACCAAACUUGCGGAAGUUAUGUCCGAAGUGCGGCUAUGCGAUAGAAAAAAUAAGUGGAUGCAAUCGAAUGACAUGUAAAUGUGGAGCUAAUAUUUGUUGGAAGUGUUUAGCUUUUUUUGAGACCAGCGGAAAAUGCUAUGAUCAUCUGAGUAAAAUGCAUGGCGGUUGUUUCGACUACUAACUCUUCCCAAGGUACUGAUGAUACCGUCAUGAUUCAUAUGAAUCCAUUCUACAAAUAGAUAACUGAAUACAAAAAUAAAUACAAAAUGCCUUUUGGACCUCCUCGGUAGCCUAGUGGCAGAGCGUCCGCUACGAAUGCGUGUGGGUUCGAUCCCCGGCCGCGUCAUACCAAAGACGUAAAAAAUGAUUCUAGUAGCUUCCUCGCUUGGCGCUCAGCAUUAUGAGGAUAGUGCUAAGACUGGUCAGCCUUGUGUCAGUAUAAUGUGACUGGGUGGGGUAGCAUGCCACGUGUCUACGGCGUGAUAUUCCAGUGAAGCAGCACUAUAAAGUUGGGCAUUGUGCUCACUGCUACAAGUAGACAAAGCCGUUUAUAUGACUGAAAAAUUGUUGAAAAAGACGUUAAAACCGAACACACACACACACACACACACACACACACACACACACACACACACACUGCCUUUUGAAAAAGAAUGACUUUAGAAGUGUAGGGCAUAUUCUACAAAGGAAUCCGAUGCAGUUGUUUCAGGCUAGUUAGUGUCCGUUGCUUGAAAAUGUUGUACAUGUAUAUGUACACGGUAACCGAAAAUUCAUUAACCUAUUUCCUUGAGCUGUUUUAAGAUACUGUUUUGUUAAGCAGCACAAAUGGACUGGCCACAACAUAAGCAUAUAGAUUGGCCGCAAAAUUUCCUGCGUGAUACCUUUUUGGCAGAUAACAUUACUUAAGGGGGUUUGUUCAGUACAAUUAUUACAAUUUUUUAUUGAUUCUUUCUAAUGUUGACAUGACAAAUGAUAAGUUUAAGUACAUGCCAAUAAUUUUCCUAUUCUUGCCAUGUUACUGUUCAUAAAAUACACUUAAACUAAUAAUAUACUCUCUCAUUCUCUUAUUUUCGAGUUACGAUAAAACUGUCCAAACAAUUCACUGGAACUGAUAUUUAACUAAGUUAUAUUAAGGUACAGCUCAUUGCCAAAAAAAUGUAUAUCAACAGCGCAAUCUAUCUAAGAGAAACAUAAUUGCACUUUAAUUAAAAAAUAAUAGAAAUAUUUUAAACUGAAACAUUUGUAGUAUGUUAUAUUUCAGCUGUGUCACAAGGAAAACAAAAAAUAAAAAAGGGAUUUAAUAUUUUACAGUAAAUACAAAAGAUAUUCCGGUAACCUAUUACAAUUAAAAAAGAAAACAGUUUCACUUUAUACUAUCAUUUAAAUGAUAUAAUGCAAUUUAAUGCUGUGCUGUCAAGCUGUAUAAAACGAUAUGUGUUAUAAAUCUUAUCAUAAAUACCAAUUAACAUUUAUAAUAAAUACACAGCAGUUGACCGCAGAUUGGUCGCACGGCCACAAGAUAGGGAUGUCAUGAUAAAACUCUAAGUUAAAGCGAACUGCCCAUUGGACCGAAACAAUUAGCGUUUUCAGGUUACAGCCCAGUGCUUAAAGUAAUUAUGUUUUUCCAGUUUUUACAUACGUAUAUAGAUGCCAUUUUUAUUAUUAUUAUUUUUUUGCUGUUGUUUAUUUAUUCUCUUUAAAAUUCAUAUAAUUAUGUGAGUAUCUGUCGCAUGAUACACUUUUUUAAAUAAGAUUUUGUGAAAUCGUUAAUGUUUGUAUACAUGUGUUUUGUUGUUGUUGUUUACUGAAGGCCAUACUGAAAUAAGUUUACGUUUCAUUAUCAUGUUAUGUACACUUUGUAUGUUAUCUUCAUUCAAUAAAGAUUUUAUUAUUAUUAUUAUUAUCAUUAUUGUUAUGUAGUUCUAAUAUUUUCCUCUUUGUUAGCAGUUUGAUUACCGGCUUCUCCUUUUACGCUUAUUUACAUUCAUGGAAACAAUAUAACGGCAAUUAUCUGUAGUUCCAAGCCAAUGAUAGUGUCAUUAUUGAAGGACCAGACCACAGAAACAGGCACGCAAUAGCACAGAUUUUGAACGUUGUAUGGAGACUGGACACAUGCAAUCCAAAGUAUGGCAUUGCUUGUACCUGGAAUUUUGUCAAAAAUAGUACAUAAAUUGUGCGGACACGAUACAACAUAACUGAUAUUUCUAUGACGUACGCCCGUAAUUUACCUUCUAGAACCUAGGUUAAUAUCUAAAAAUUACUUCAUAUGUAUUACACAUGGGAAAAAGUAAUUUUCAUCUACAGUUAUUUUGAGUCCUCUGAAAUAUUGAUAGCUGUAACAGACUUAUACAAUGUUAAGUGCUAUUUAAGUCUUCUGAAAUUUUAAAAAGAAUUCAGUCUUGUGAAAUGUAAAUAGUUAUUGCAAUUUUCUAAAAUUUCAGUCUUCAGAAAAUGUUAACAUGUAUAUAUCAUUGCAGUCUUAUUUAAGUCUUAUAUAUUUAUACAUAUCUUUCAAUAUGUAUAUAGGUGUUGGAGUCUGUAAUUAUUUAUAUCUGUUUCUGAAACUUUGAUAUUUCUUUCAGUUUUCUGAACCGUUUGAAAUUAUUUUAGUCUUUUAUAGAGAUACGUUUAAAGAACGUCCAUGUCAAAGACGUUAUAUUGAAUAAUAACCUCUGUUCGUUUGAAGCCUAUGCUAUUUCGUAGUUAUAGUUUUGUUCACAAAAUCACUCUAGAAUUUAAUCAAGGUUGCAUUGUAUGUUAUUUAUUGUACAUAUUUGAUUUGCAUGUACUUGUAUUGUAUAUAUCUUGACUAUAUAUUAUAAAAUUGCGCGCUGCGAUUGAAUUUAACAUAUUAUAUAUAGUUAUCUAAUCCGUUUGUAUUGCAAGGUAAUAGGACAGGUUGGUACUAGCCGAUAUGCCCAUGUUUCUUCCUAAGAUCUAACAGUGAAAAAGCCAACGAACUAUGUAAUUUCUCAAAGAAAUUACGUGAAACAAAUAUUUUAGAGUUACGUGAAAUACAUUUGUGUUUUAAAUUCUGCAGCCCUUUUGAAAUUCUGUUACAUUUAUUGUAUGCUAAAUUGAUCAAUAUGUAUAUGUAACAAAUUAGUGUGUUAAGUUGAUAUUAUGCGAAUUAUGAUUGAAAGUAGAAAGAAGUAGACUUUUGAUAAGCAAUUUCUUAAAAGAAUCAGUACAAUGUAAAUAUUAUCAUGUAUGAAUGCACUCAACGUAACAAAAAAUACAAGACUAUCGUAUGUUGCCGUGGAUAUAUUGUAAAGUUGGACUAUUUGUUGAUUUUAAUUUUUGUUGAAUAGUUUUAUUUAUUAUAAAAACUGCUUUCGUAUGAAAUUCUUCUCAUAAACCAAAUAAGUACAACAAAGUAGGCAUAACACAUUUUAAAAACGAAAUUGUGACAUGCACGGCUCUAUUUGCGACAGCACCUAAAUUAUGAAAUUGCUUGAAUAUUGAUGGAGAUCUCCUAUGAAUUUAUGUAACAGAUUUCGAAAUGUUAAAUAUUUUAUCAUCUGUUAGUUAUUGUGAAAUAAAAGUAAAACAAUAUGAAACAAUUACUUCUAAGAAAGCAACAUUUAUUCAUUUAUUAAGAACACCUUUGCUGUCUGAAAAAGAUGCAGAAUUGCUAUCUACUGCGUCUGCAGCGCAGUACAAGUUUGAUUUUAGUCGGCACAAUAUUUUCUAUAUACUCAUCAAAUACAUACUUCUUUACAAUGAGUUAUUAACUUAUUAGUUGAAAUUACAUUAUGUUUGUACUGCACAAUUCAUCUGGUAACAUUCAAUUUAAAAUAUUAAACUAUACUGAAUGUACAUAUGCAUGUAAAUGAUAUUGAAUAAAACGUGUUGAGUUAUUUAA